UUCUGUACCUUUUUUUUUCUUCUAUUUUUUUUAUUUGAUGAUAACAGUUUUACAUGGAAAAACCAUGAAUGAUUCUAUUGAUGUUACAUAUUUAUCUCUGGAGGGUCAUAUAGAGCUGGAGAAGUAUAAAUAUGUAUAUUUUGCUGUUACUCUCUUAGUCUAUAUGUUGAUUAUAUGCUGUAAUGCCGUUGUGCUUAUUGUUAUAUUUUCAAACAAGCGUCUGCAUGAGCCGAUGUACAUAUUCAUCGCUGCUUUACUCGGUAAUGCUCUUAUCGGAACGGCUGCUCUUUAUCCUAAACUGCUGAUCGAUUUUCUGUCUGAAGAUCGUUUGAUCUCUUUCGAAGCCUGUACUUUUCAGUCCUUUUUUAUAUACAAUUACGCUGCGUCAGAGUUUACACUGUUAUCAGCUAUGGCCUACGACAGAUACGUUUCUAUAUGUAAACCUUUACAGUACGCGACUCUUAUAAAAAUGUCUACAGUCAGAAAACUCUUAUUCUGCUGCUGGUUUUUCCCUUCGUUUGAAAUCGGUAUAGGGAUGAUAAUGACGUAUCAGCUGAAGCUGUGCAAAUUUAAGUUAAAUAGAAUAUACUGUAAUAAUAACGCACUUCUAAAGCUGAGCUGUGGAGAUACAUCUGCGAGAAAUUCAUACGGACUCUUCACUUUAGUCAUUUGCGUUUUUCCACCUGCGAUUUUCAUCGCCUUCACUUAUGUCAGAAUCCUAACCGUCUGUUUAAAGAAUACAAAGGAUUUCAGGAGAAAAGCUCUGCAGACCUGCUUCCCUCAUCUCAUCAUCUUCAUCAAUUUCUCUGUGACCUCCUGUUUUGAGGUGAUUAACAGCAGAUUAGAAGGAAAUGUGCCUCAUUUAUUCGCUAUGAUUUUAUCUGUGGAAAAUCUGGUCAUUCCUCCUCUUCUAAAUCCUGUUAUUUACGGACUGAAACUGCAGGAGAUUUUCUGUAGGAUUAAGAGAAUGUUCUUGAAAAGCAGAACACAUAUGCUGUUUUAGAUCCGCAAAAUAUCACUACUUAAUAAAGCAUACUGUACAGUGUACACUUUAAUAGUAAAAAAGCUAUUUAUUUUUAAUUUUGUCAUUUCCAGCACAGUGGAAGCAUUGUAAUUGAUUUCUGCAUGUAGCAGCAGUAUGAAUUAAACUGUAUACAAUCAGAAACACAGUAUUUUAAUGUGUAAUAUUGAAUAUAAUGUAGUUUGACUUUCUACCAUCUAAAUCUGGUUAUUCCUCCUCUUCUAAAUCCUGUUAUUUACAGAUUUUCUGUAGGAUUAAUAGAAUGUUCCUGAAAAACAGAACACAUAUGCUGUUCUAGAUACACGAAAUAUCACUACU